AUGGAUCUUCCUCGUUACAGAUAUGAGCCUCUGAGUGAGCCCAGUGAUAUUCGCGUCAUUGAACUCGGUACAAAUAAGGAACGCAUCGAAGCGUACAUUUCCCACGUUUCAAUCUCGAACAGCAGCUUUCAAGCCCUUUCAUAUACAUGGGGCAAUCAGGAACAGGCCAAUGAGGCUAUUAUCCUCGAUGAACAUGGAAGCAGCAUCGGUUCGAUUCCUUUAACAAAGAAUCUGAGUGAUGCCUUGGGCAAUCUGAGAGACGCUAGAGAAUUGAAGAGUAAGGUGCUUUGGAUCGACCAGAUUUGCAUUAAUCAGCUGGACGAGAAGGAAAAGAGCCAUCAGGCUGCAAUGAUGAAAGACAUAUACUCGUGUGCAAAACAGGUGAUUACCUACCUUGGUCCUGUUAUACAUGAAGCAGGGAGUAUCGAAGGUUUUUGGAGCCGAAUACAUGAUGGUAGCAUACAGCCGGAGCAACUUCCACCAGGCCUAGAGCUAGUACAAGAAAGAACAUAUCAUGAGGGGACAAUAUCAAAACUCAUACGGGGAAAGGACUUAGCGAAUGAACAAUGGAUAAACAAAGAGAUCACAGCGCUACGUGGGCACCGCCUGGUGGAUUGGAACUCCAUAAUGACUAUACCCAUCCUGUUUGCCACGGGUCACCUGCCGUGGGUGUAUCGCGAGGCAGGCCGGAAAGACUCGUCAGAAAACACCUGGUGGGAGAGAUAUUCCAGGCUGGACCCUGGUAUCCGCCAUACCCGGCCAUCCUUGUUCCACAAUCUACAGAGGUAUCGGCAUCUCCUCUGCGGAGAUCCCCGAGACAAAGUAUACGCCAUCCUGUCCCUCUCCAAUGAUGCUGAGGUCCUAGGUCUCUCUCCUGACUAUUCGCCUCUGAACACCGUCGAUAUGCUACUCAAACAACUCUCAGCCAGUGUGCUUAAGCAUGCUAUCAACUUGAACCUCCUAUGCUUUGCCCUGUUAUGGCGUCAACCCAGCUCAACGCUUCCUUCUUAG